AUGGAAAAAACAACCAACAACCCAACCACAGGGGACGGGAGGAAGACGUGGGUGGCAGGGAUCGACGCGGUGGUGGUGGGUGGGAGAAGAUCGACAUCGAUGGGGUUGCUGUUGGAGAUCGACGCGAUGUGUGUAGGGAAGGGCGAAAAUCGAGGUGAGGUGGUGACGGCUCGUUACGCUGCCAAGGAAAUCAACGUCCGGGGUAGGGGAGGGCUGUUGGCUAGAGAACGGGGGAGAGAGAGAGAGAGAGAAUGGUGUGGUGGCUGGCUGUAA